AUAUGGCAACCGAGCAAACAACUGUGCUCGGUAAAGUGACCACAACGUCCCACGAUGAAUACCAGUAUUGUGUGGAUGUCCCAUCGGAUUUGAUUGGCAUGUAUCGGAUCGGAGUGACAGCCUUUGUAACACGGGGUUCUUCAAAUGUCGUCGUUUACGAUUUUCAGAUGUAUCCUGGUCACUGCAAAGCUACAUUUGAAAAACAGAACUGUUCGUUUGAACACGAUUUCUGCGACUACACUGUGACAGCAGGCGGACAUGGAUGUAACUAUCAAUACAAAUGGAAACACACGUCGGGGAGACUAAGAUCUGACCAUUACAUGAUGGCAGAAGCGCCUUUCAAUAUCAGCAUGGGUAGCCUGGACUUCACAGAUUUGUCGCUGGGAAGUGUAUUGAACUCUUCCAGCUGUUUUUUGCGCUUUGCCUACCUCAGUAUGAACUUCUCCACUUACAUGGACGAAAUGAAUAAAGUAUGA